AUGUUGACGAUUGCGAUCCUCGCCCUUCUUUGUGCCUCAGCCUCUGCCAAUGCCAUUCAGGCUAGGUCCUCCUCCUAUAACGGAGAGUAUGGAGGUGGUGGAGGACAGCGAUUCUCCCAUUCUGGCAACCAGCUGGAAGGCCCCAUCACUGCCCUUCGUGUCCGUGUCAGUCGAUACUACAUUGUAGGUCUCCAGGUGCGCUAUGGCAAGGUGUGGAGCGACUAUGUGGGUGGCAAGUCAGGAGACCUGGAGGAAAUCUUCCUGCACCCUGGGGAGUCAGUGAUUCAGGUGUCUGGCAAAUACAAGAACUAUCUGAGGAAGCUGGUCUUUGUGACAGACAAGGGCCGCUACCUGCCUUUUGGGAAAGACACAGGCACGAGUUUCAACGCUGUGCCCUUGUACCCCAACACUGUACUUCGAUUCAUCAGUGGCCGAGCUGGUUCUCUCAUUGAUGCCAUUGGCCUGCACUGGGAUGUCUACCCCAGUGACUGCAGCAGCUGCUGA